CCCACUUUCAAUUAUGGCAGCAGUUCGUUAUUUACUUUCAAUUAUUUCUAAAACAGGAGGGUUGAAGGAUUCCCUAUACGCUGAUCAUCUUUGCGCCCCUAGUCCCCGUAUAUGAGCGCGCAAAGACUGUGUCCAGAUCCCUCUGUUCAUCGCUAGCUGCCUCAAAUACGAACGAGCCAACCCCUGUCCAGAAUCCCUAGAAUGUUUCCAGUUUGCCCAACUGCCACAAAUUUUGGCUGCUAGGUUUUGGUCCAACCUUAGCAAUAUUUUUGUUUAUGUCAAAUCCUUAUUGUGUCUGAAUUAAAUCUUGGAAAGCCUAAGGCACAGGUAGAAAUAUGUAUCAAGUUGACAUCAAACGUGAAGAAGGUGACACAAAACACCCACCUCUACUUGCAACAACUGCGGGUGAGGGUUCAACCAAUGUGGGGGGGCAAGAAGGCCAAGGUGCUACAAAGAAGCAACUAGAUUCAAAGGUAGAUUUUUUUUAAAGCUCCUGCUUUUGUAGCCUGUCUAGCCAGUGUGCUCUGUUAGCUGUCUUAGCAUUUUCUUUUUUCUUGUUAAUGUGAUAAAAGUUGCAUGUGUAUAGUGACAUUAUUCUUUGAUGAUUAAUAUGUGAUGGAAAAUGGCUGAUUUACAUUGUAUGGUUACAUCAGUUGGCCUAAGUUUCUUCCUCUUAGAUUCCACCAACUCCAUUUGCACAUAUUUUUUCAUCUUUUGUAUUAUCUUUAGUGCGAGUAUUUAUUCUUAGCUGCUGUCAAAGGUUCAAGGCAUUUCAGUCUUUUGGCUUUGUUGUUUAGCUUCUAUAGGCGGUGCUUUAUAUUUCUAAAGAUUAAAUGCAAAACCAAUGAUCAUUACAGGUAACUAAGUACUAGAGAAUGUUUUUUUCAUCUAAUUUUAAAUAAAGAUAAACUUCAUUUUUGGGGCUCAGACCUACGACCUACAGGGUUACUUUAUUAAGGUCAGGUGGUCAUUGCAAAAGUCCACAUGGGUUCCAUCAUCUAACAUAGCAGAAUCUGUAAUUGAAUCUUAAGGUGUCUUUGCAGCCAAAGUUGUGAACUUUGCUGUUAGGGUUGCAUGUUGUUGGGGUCGAUGUAUUAACAUUCUACACAAUACAUAUAUUCUUCUGGUCACGUGUAUUCAAUACAAUUUGGCAUCGUUGAGAGUUGUUCACAUUGUUGCAAUCAUCUUUCAGAACGGUAAUUUAUCAAGAAAAGACAUGUCUUUUAUCGCACAAGAAGUAUCAUCACACACUUGUUUCUAAAUGGUAAUUUGCUAAGUAAAUUCGUAUAUGUACUGAAUAGUGUGAAUACUGAUUAAACCCAACUCACUGCUUUUCACUUGCAAGGCUGCAUUCGUACAUGUUUCUGCUCAGACAGACAUUUAAAACUUAGAAAGUAAACAUGGAGAGUACAUAAUUUUCAGCAGGUAGAGUGAUGGAAUCUGGAUAUGGAAAUUGUACAGCUGUGAACUUAGUAAUGGGUAGAUGAUUUGUGAUGUUUUCAUAUUCAAGGUUGUCACGGCGGCUUUGCGAGGCGCGACGCCGGUGAACUGCCUCAUCGCCUGGAUGACUAGGUGACCGCUUAGGUGAUACUUAGGCGACAAGUAAAUAUAAUAUAAAACAUAAUACGUCAAUUAGUACUUCAUCAUAUUAAUUUAAAAUGGGAGUCCGAUGUAUAUUUACUUUCAAUGAAACUACAAAAAUUUAGCAAAAUGUAGUAAUGUGAUUUAUGUGGCUGAUUUUUAUGGAAAUGGGGAAAAAAAAAUCAUUAAGGGAAAAGAGUAACUGCAAAGAUAAAUAAAGAAACGAAAAUGAAGAACAAGGAAGAAAGAGAGAAGAAAAGUAAGAAAGAAAAUGCAAACUUGGGUAAGAAUUCAACCACGGGCUUCCUUACGAAUGCCUAGUUAAUGCCUAAGAGAUUUCAUUCAACGUUCGGUGUUCUUUAUGUGACGCGGCCAGCUUUGGCGAUUGCCUCCUACUCCAUGGGCGCCUGGUCGCUGCCUAGAUGACGCCAUGACAACUAUGUUUUCAAUACCUAUAGAGUAUAGAGUCAAAAUUAGUUUCUCUAUUUCAGGGUAGUUGUGUCUAUAAUGUUUUAAUGAAACACAAGAUUUAUUCCAUAAUAAACAUGUACUUCAUACUUGAAUGCUUCAACUGAGUUUCUGUAAGUGAACAGCUAUUGGAUUGGUAUGGGUAAUCUGCCUACAAACAUCCAUUUGGAUGAACCUGGUGACAUACCUUCUAGAGUGGUUGAGUAGCUUUAAGUACCCUUUAUCAUGUUCUAUGUACACACAUGAUUCAUAAAUACAUGAUAUGUAUGUAUAUGCAUGUAUGUAAAUGUGUGCGUGUGAGUGUAAUAAUAUCCUUGUCGGGGUUAUAACUAUAACAUCAAUGUCAUAAAUAUAAAUAUAUAUAUGGAUGCACGUGAAGAUUAGUUUGGUAAACAUAUCCCGAGAUCUGCUGUUGGCGUACCAGAGUCUUGGGGUGGUAUGUGGAGAUUUGAGCACGUCACCUCUUUAUGUCUAUCAAAGUAUAUUUGUGGAAAUGUUGCGGAAGCAUCAAACUCCUGAUGCAAUAUUUGGCACCUUCUCAUUGAUCUUUUGGACACUUACGCUGAUGCCUUUGCUCAAAUAUGUAGUCGUCAUGCUUAGUGCAGAUGACAAUGGUGAAGGUGGGAGCUUUGCUCUAUACUCUGCUCUGUAGACAUGCAAAGCUUAAUCUACUUCCCAAUUAACAAGCUGCUGAUGAGGAGCUAUCUACUUACAAAUAUGGCUCCACUAGGCUUUCUGCGUCAUCUUUACCAUUGAAGCGGUUUAUAGAGAGGCAUAAAAAAGCACGGAUGAUUUUAUUCCUUGUUGUAUUGCUAGGGGCUAGCAUGGUCAUUGGUGACGGUGUGCUCACUCCUGCAAUAUCAGUUUUAUCAUCUGUUUGUGGGAUUCAAGAUGCUGCUGAAAGCUUGCCUAAUGGUGCUGUCCUGCUCAUUACUUGCAUUAUAUUGGUUGGUCUAUUUGCUCUUCAGCAUGUUGGUACCCACAGAGUAGCUUUCUUGUUUGCACCAAUAGUAUCAAUCUGGUUGAUUUCAAUUUUUUCCCUUGGGUUGUACAAUACAAUAGUUUGGAAUCCAAAAAUUGUGUCUGCUCUUUCUCCGUAUUAUAUCAUCAAGUUUUUUCGGCAUACCGGAAAAGAUGGAUGGAUUUCGCUUGGAGGAGUGCUCCUAUCUGUAACAGGGACUGAAGCUAUGUUUGCAAAUCUUGGCCAUUUCAAUUCUUUCUCAAUGAGGUUUGCAUUUGUACUUGGCGUGUAUCCUUGUUUAGUGGUACAAUACAUGGGGCAGGCUGCUUUUCUGUCCAAAAACAUUGCUUCAGUACCAAAUAGUUUUACGAUUCAGUUCCUGAUGGUGCGCACUGGCCAGUUUUUGUUAUUGCCACCCUUGCAGCUAUUGUUGCCAGUCAGUCAAUUAUCACUGCUACGUUCUCUAUCAUCAAGCAAUGUAAUGCACUUGGAUGCUUCCCAAGAGUCAAGAUUGUUCACACGUCAAAGCAUAUCUACGGCCAGAUUUAUAUACCUGAAAUAUAUUGGAUAUUCAUGAUUCUUACUCUGUUAGUGGCCAUUGGUUUCCAGGAUGUAACUUUAAUUGGAAAUGCAUAUGGACUAGCAUGCAUGACAGUUAUGUUCAUCAUGACGUUUCUGAUGUCACUCAUCACCGUGUUUGUCUGGGGAAGAAACCCCAUAUAUGCCGCCGCCUUCCUCUUCUUCUUUUGUUUCAUUGAACUUGUCUACCUUUCAGCAUCAGUCAUUAAAAUCCCUCAGGGUGGGUGGGUAUCUCUUGUCCUCUCCCUAGUAUUCCUGUUCGUCAUGUUCGUCUGGCACUAUGGGAUCCGCAAGAAGUACACAUUCGAUCUCCACAACAAAGUCCCACUGAAAUGGCUACUCGGCCUAGGACCCACACUCGGCAUCGUCCGAGUCCCAGGGAUCGGCCUCGUUUACUCAGAACUUGCAACAGGAGUCCCCUCCAUAUUCUCCCACUUCGUGACUAACCUUCCUGCCUUUCACAGUGUACUCGUUUUUGUGUGUGUAAAGUAUGUCCCCGUCCCUUACGUUUCACCUGAGGAAUGGUUCCUUAUUGGACGGGUCUGCCCGAGACCAUACCGUAUGUACCGGUGCAUCAUUAGGUACGGGUACAAGGACACAGAGAAAUGAUGGAGACUUUGAGAAUCAGCUUAUACACAGCACAGCGGCUUUCAUUCAGAUGGAGUCCAUCGAACCUCAGGUAUCAAGCUCUGAGAGUUCUUCUUUUGAUGGGAGGAUGGCAGUUAUAAGCAGCACUCAGUCUGGCGGCUCUGCUUUGAUGGUUGUACGUGAUGACAAAGAAAAUUUGCAAUGCAGCAGCAGCAAAUCAGCAACCCUUCAGAGCCUGAGGUCUGCUUACUUUGACGAGAACUUUGUCAUCUAGCGCAUUCAGAUACCAGUGUGACCAAGGUUAAAAAACAUUGUCUGAUCACCCUACGUCCCAGGAAGUCAACAUUCACAAGUCUCCUCACAUGGGAAGCUAAAAUAGCUUUUCCCAUGGGGUGAAAAAUUCUAGGUACGCCACACUCUAACAUUCCAUAGGAUGUAUCAUACGGGAGUCGAGUGAAAGUGUAGGCGGUAGGUGGUUCAUUUUUGACAGUAUGGAAGACCUUUCUCAUAAGGUCUUCGGGCAUAUCAUUGAAAUAGUAAACGUGACCCUUCCCCUCAAAGCCGACUAGAUAGAGGUCAGUGUUUUUGCAUAUAAUCCUUAUUUUUUCACCUGUCGAGAGCCCUAGAUCUAUGAAGACUAUGUCCUCAAUGGUAGGAUCAAGUGGCCUUACAUCUUCCUUUAGGCAAGGUAUACCCAAUCCAUUAUUUGAGGGAGGUGAGGGAGAUGGUUAUGUGGCCCUCCUAGACCGUCUUUUGACUCUUUUCCUAGACCGUAUUCUAGGCAUGAUCGGAAGAGAAAUGGAGGGGGAAGAGAAAUGGGGGCUGAAAGAGAAAUGGAGGCUGGAAGAGGUCAGUCUAGAAUACAGUCUAGGCUGGUAGAGAAUAUGGUCUCCAUUUCUCUUCCAGCCCCCAUUUCUCUUCCCCCUCCAUUUCUCUUCCGAUCAUGUCUAGAAUACGGUCUAGGAAAAGAGUCAAAACACGGUCUAGGAGGGCCACAUAACCACCUCCCUCACCUCCCUCAAAUAAUGGAUUGGGUAUACCUUGCCUAAAGGAAGAUGUAAGGCCACUUGAUCCUACCAUUGAGGACAUAGUCUUCAUAGAUCUAGGGCUCUCGACAGGUGAAAAAAUAAGGAUUAUAUGCAAAAACACUGACCUCUAUCUAGUUGGCUUUGAGGAGAAGGGUCACGUUUAUUAUUUCAAUGAUAUGACCGAAGACCUUAUGAGAAGGGUCUUCCAUACUGUCAAAAACGAACCACCUAUCGCCUACACUUUCACUCGACUCCCGUAUGAUACAUCCUAUGGAACGUUAGAGUGUGGCGUACCUAGAAUUUUUCACCCCAUGGGAAAAGCUAUUUUAGCUUCCCAUGUGAGGAGACUUGUGAAUGUUGACUUCCUGGGACGUAGGGUGAUCAGACAAUGUUUUUUAACCUUGGUCACACGAGAAUUUUGUUACUUUAUACUCUUUUCGUCACUUUUCCUUUUGAUCAAUUAUUUUGUCGUUUCUGUUAUUUCUCUUUCCUCUGCACAAAUCUCAAUCACAUAGUGUUUAUUUUAUUAUUCUUCGUGCCGGUCAACUUUGGCAAAGUUUUAAGGAACAGAAGUAGUAUAAUAUAAGGAUAAACUUUUAACCUUCAUAUCAUUAUAAUUAUUUUUAUUGUUGUUUUUAUUAUUAUUAAUACUACUAUUAUUAUAUGCAUUUGUAUUACUGUAGCAGUAUGGCAAGUAACUAAAAUACUAAAUACGUACUUCCAAUUUUCAUAAAUUACCUUUCCAUUAUGCAAUAAACUUUAUUUGAGUGGCACUUUUAACGAAGUGAGCAGGGUAAGUA